UAUUCUUUCUUUCUUACUUAUAUAUAUAUAUUUUAUUUCCGACCCAUGUAUUUAAAGUACAUAUCCAUUGCAGCGCCACCAUAUUUUUUGUUCAAACUGCUGGGUUUUGGAUUUUAAAUACCCAAGUUCAGGGAAUCAGAGAAAGAAAGCGAAAACCCAAUUUUUGGGGUUUUAUUGGGUCGGAGUUUUCAUACUCUUCCGUGCGUCGAGGGGCGUUAAUUAUCUCUCUCAUGGGGUUUUGGUCUCGAUUAGUUUGAAUUGUGAGAAAUUAGAAAUCAGAAGGGGUAUUUUGAUCGAGUUAUUGUUUUGUUUUUGUUGUUGAGAUCGAUGGAAGGAGAAGUGUGCUCGGCUGUAAGUUCUUGUGGAACGGGGUCAGAGAAGCGGAAGCAAAGGCAUCACGAGAGUAAUCUACAGCAAGAAAAGCCGUACAGAGGGAUAAGGAUGAGGAAGUGGGGGAAGUGGGUGGCCGAAAUCAGAGAACCAAACAAGCGCUCCAGGAUUUGGCUUGGCUCCUACACAACCCCCGUCGCAGCCGCCCGCGCCUACGACACCGCCGUCUUCUACCUCCGAGGCCCCACCGCCCGCCUCAACUUCCCGGAGUUGAUGUUCGAAGAGGAUCAGCUUCACGACAUGUCGGCCGCCUCCAUACGCAAACGAGCCACCGAAGUCGGUGCUAGGGUUGACGCCAUCCACAUCUCUCACCUCCACGCCAGCUCAAACUCCAACUCCAAUUCCUCCAAUUCCGUGAAGCCUGAUUUGAACGAGUAUCCCAACCCCGAAACCUCAGAUGACGAUUAACCACACACCUCUACCAACAGGGAAUCGUCACAUAUAUAUCCCCUUACUUCAUAUUUCUACAAAAUUAUGAAAAGGGUGCGGAGGGAACAAGGUAUCCCAACAACAAAAAAGGAGAGAAGCACCAUGAAAAAACGGAAUCAAAAUGAUUCCGUUCCAUCGGUUAUAUAGUUGUUCGAUUGUAACCCCGAAAACGGUUUAUAGAAAUGGUUGAUCUCGACUAGUUUUGGAUUUCCCUUGUUGUUUAAUUUUGUUGUUAGUCAUAACUAAUUUUAAUGAAGCAAUUUUGUUUGCGUUUUACUUCUUACGGGAAGGAGAGUGAAGAAAACCUGCAGCAACGGCCGUGUGGCUGAGUGGCUCCGGUAUAUGAUUGAGAGAAAUUUGAGAUAAGGAUAUGACCAAAAAAGGAACAAAAAAAAAAAAAGAGUUGGGGACAACAACUGGUGCACAUGACAUGCUUUGUGGAGUCCACGAUGAAAAUAAAAGGGCAAUAUUAUGUGAGAAUGCGAUAGUGGGCGUGGCCCCUCAUAUUAGGUUUAAAAUUGUCACUUAUAGUUGAAGCCUUUCACGGCCGGAGUGUUUUUGUUUUUAUUUUCUCGUCCCUGGGAGACGGCGGACGACACCCACUUGCCGUAUAAAUUCAAAUUCCAUUUUCUAUUCCCCUCCUCA